CUGCAGUCAAAAAUGGGAAAGGUAAAGCAAUACUAUAAUUUUCUAUGAAGACAAGAAUUUUGAGGGUCAUCAGUAUGAAUGCAGUGGUGAUUGUUCAGAUAUGCUCUGCUAUCUUAGCUGCUGUAACUCCAUCAUGGUGGAGAGUGGAUGCUUCAUGAUCUAUGAACAACCACAUUUCAAAGGCCAGCAAUUCUUGGUCCGUAAAGGAGAGUACCCAGACUUUAAAAGCUGGUUGGGCAAAAAUGACUGCGUCUGCUCCUGCUGUGAAAUUCCCAUGACGCAGGGAUCUUCUCAUGAGGUGAAACUGUUUGAGAGAAUGGAGUAUGGAGGUCAAAUGAUGGCUCUUGUGGAUGACUGUCCAAAUGUCAUGGACAUGUUCCAAACAAACCACAUAUUCUCCUGCAAGGUGAUCAGCGGAAGCUGGCUCUUCUUUGAACAGUCCAACUACAAAGGCAGGAUGUACCUCAUAAGGCCUGGAGAAUACACAAGAUUCACUGAAUGGGGAGGCUUGAGUGCCCAUGUGGGUUCCAUCAAACGAAUAACUGAUUACUAGAAUUAACAUUCAUCCAGGCUGCUCAGCAGUUUUUUUUAUUUGUUUAUAUUUUAAUGUGAUAUACACUGUUGUAAACAUACACAGGCAAUCAUGUUGAAUAACAACUUAGGAAGCCUUUAUGCUUUAAAUGCUCUUUUAUGUUUCCUCAGAAAUAAAUGUUUAUAAAUUUUGAA